CGGUCGUGGUGGCACGCCAACCACUAAGAAUCGAACAGUCAGCAGGGCUAGCUGCUAUUGCUGACCGUAGCUCUCUUUUGUCCCUGACGGGCGCAGCCGCGCAGUUCUCGCGGCAGCGAGCGGUUAGCAGGCAAUAGACUUGUUUGGUUUUAAGCGGUAACAGCGCAUUGAACGAUUGUGCUGUGUGGAUCAAUCUGCCAAAUUUGGCUUGAUCAGGUAUUGUUUUUCUGCGAAACUGCGAAAUUAGGAGUGCAAAAUGAAGCUCGCCAUCUGUGUGUUUAUGUGAGCUGUCUGUGUUGUGGAUUAAGAGGACAAGCCACCUGUUACUAGCGCGAAUCCACUUAGCGACUUUGGACAUUUAUUCAAGUGCGGAACUCGCACGAGACACGGAAACGAAAAAGGUCGAAAGCGCCCCGGCACAACAGGGCAAACUGGAGCUGGAGGUUAUUGGAGUGUAAUAUUUUUGAAACACUGACGGAGGUCAUUCAAAGAUGGCGGUGCCGCACGGUGGCCGCCUGCUCCUUGCUCUGACUGGACUGCUUGCCUACACGUCGGAACUCAGCUGGGGGGCUCAGAAUCAACGAGGUAUCUAUACAAUUGUCGCGCCAUCGAUUCUUCGGCCAAAUGUUGUCUUCAACGUGGCAGCAUCAGUCGGAGACGUACCGAACCCCGUAGAUAUGCGCCUCUCAAUUCAAGGCAACGACGAACGUGGCCACUUUAAUUAUAUUACACGGACCGCGCAAGUCCCUCCUCUUCGCACGGAAAUCAUUAGCUUUGAGGUUGGAGACUGGAAUCCGGGCAACUACUCGCUCAAGGCCGAAGGAACGGGUUCGAUCCAGUUUGAGAACCAAACAGAAUUGAGUUUCGUUCACAAAAGCUACUCGGUGUUCAUCCAAACGGACAAGGCCGUUUAUAAGCCUGGUCAGCGAGUACAGUUCCGGAUGAUUGUCACCGAUCCAUUCCUGCAGCCGAGUGUGACCGGGGCAAUCGACGCCUGGGUCACUGACGGCAAAGGAAACAGGAUUCAUUCAUGGAAAAGACAGUUUACAACACGCGGAGUCCUAGGUAACGAGUUCGAGCUGUCUGAAAAUCCUGUUCUUGGCGACUGGACGCUACGUUGCGAAGUGCUCGGGCAAAAGUUCUCGAAGAAUUUCCAGGUGGCUGAGUACGUUCUACCAACCUUCCAGGUUAAGAUAGAACUACCUAAAUAUGCAACAUACAAUGAGUCGGAAGUUACAGCAACCGUCAAGGCCGCUUACACUUACGGUAAGCCAGUUAAAGGCUGGGUUACCCUUACCGUAACUCCGCGGUCCCGGUAUCAGCAAUUGAAACCGCGACCCUAUGAACAGUUCCAGACGCGAGUGCCAAUCGACGGAGAAGUGAACAUUCCCCUAACUAUCAUCAAAGAACUGCAGUUGAAAACUGACUUUUUUCAACGAGAAAUCGAAUUUUUUGCCCUCGUCGAAGAAGAACUGACUGGAAGGAAGUACAAUAGCACCAGUUAUAUGUUUAUAUAUGAUAAACCUGUGCGUUUCGAGCUCGUCAAGACUUCGGAUACUUUCAAGCCCGGUCUGAAAUACACCGCUUUUCUCAAAGCUGCUUAUCAGGACGAUACUCCUGUCCAGGAUCCUGAGAAUCAACUGACGUUUCGCUACGGCUACAACUACGACGAGGAACAAUGGGUGGAGGAAAAGCACUGGAUACCUCAGAACGGAGUCAUCCGACUGGAGUUUGUCCCUCCAAACAAACCCACGACAGUAGUGCUCGGUAUGCACGCGGAGUACAAGGGGCAAAUUUACUAUUUGGAAUCAAUCAUGCCGGCUAAGUCACCUGGGAACCAAUUCCUUCAGGCAAGACUGAUGUUACCGGAAAACCCUCGUGUUGGAGAUCGUCUUGAAUUCGAGGUGAACUCGACACAUCCGCUGGAUCACAUCAGCUAUCAAGUAAUGGGUCGCGGUGGUAUUGCUACAGGAGCGACAAUUCCACUCCGCAAUGAAAGCACAUACCGCUUUGCGUUUACCGCUUCAUUCAAGCUAGCGCCAAAAGCACGUCUGGUCGUUUAUACCGUGGGUAAGGACAAUGAGAUCGUCACCGAUGGAGUCAACUUCGACGUAAGUGGAAUUCUGCGGACGCCAGUUGAUGUCUCCGUAAGCACGAAACAGACGUCACCGGGCAGUCGAGUAGAAGUGACUGUAUCAACCACCCCGUCGAGCUUUGUCGGCAUCCUUGGAGUAGAUCAGAGCGUGUUGCUUCUGCGAACUGGCAACGACCUUUCGGAGCAGCAAGUUGUGCAGGAAUUAGAAAGCUAUGACGCCGGUAAGAAGGCCAAGGUGUGGCCGCAAUAUUAUCGUCGUCGACGGAGGAGGUCGAUCUGGUAUCCCGGAUCGUACACUGCUGGCGCAUUGUUUAAGGACGCUGGCAUGAUCAUUCUAACGAAUGGAUUCCUAUUUGAACAGGAUGAAGCCCAGUUCCGCUCGGAGUUGCACGACUUUCAAACGACAGAGACUGAUUCUGUUCCAAUAGAGGAGAUCACCUCCUAUGAACCCCACCUCGACUCGAACUUUGCCAACAGCAUGACCGAUAUCGUCCGCUUGAGGAAGAACUUCGCUGAAACAUGGCUAUGGAAAGACCACACAUCCAGCUCGGAUGGCCGUGCUGUCAUAUCGGAGAUAAUUCCAGACACGAUCACUUCAUGGGUAAUAACUGCCUUCGCUAUGGAUCAGGCCACAGGCUUAGGAAUUGCUCCGACACCUGCCAAGGUUACGACUUUCAGGCCGUUCUUCGUAACCGUUUCACUUCCAUACUCUGUGAAACGUGAUGAAGCAAUCGCUGUUCAGUGCGUCGUCUUUAACUAUGGAAACAAGGCAAUUGAAGCUGACGUAACCCUUGACAACACGCGAAAAGAUUUUGUGUUCACGUCUGCUGCUUCGAAACCCGAUCGUAAACGGGUAACGGUUCAGCCCCAGAACGGUACACCUGUGACAUUCUUGAUCACGCCGACGAAGCUUGGCUAUAUUGACAUCAAGGUAACAGCUAGUCACGGCUAUGGAGGCGACUCCAUUUCAAAAAAACUGCUUGUUCAGCCGGAAGGAUCGACGCAGCACUUCAAUAAGGCUAUCCUACUUGAACGUCGUAAUUCUCAGGCAGCGCCUUCGAAGUACAAUGUGACCGUGACCUUUCCGAAGAACGCUGUACCUGGUUCUGAACGGGUGUACCUUACCGCGGUGGGGGAUAUCCUCGGACCGUCUGUCAACAACCUCCAAGGACUUCUGAAUAUGCCUCACGGCUGCGGCGAGCAGAACAUGUUAGAUUUCGUCCCAAAUAUCGUCAUUCUCAACUAUCUAAAGGCUUCCAAUCGGUUAAGUCCACAUUUGGAGGCUCAGGCUCGACGAAAUAUUGAGCAUGGCUACCAGAAGCAGCUCACAUACAAACAUGAUGACGGAUCGUUUUCCGCGUUUGGAAAUACCGACGAAUCGGGCAGCACCUGGUUGACAGCAUUUGUCCUAAAAUCCUUCGCACACGCGACUGAGUAUAUUAGCGUGGACGAAAACGUCAUUAAGAACGCAACCAAGUGGCUUAUGGAGCAGCACCAAGGCGAUGGAAGCUUCCGCGAACCGGGUCAGGUUGUCUAUAAACCGAUGCAAUCCGCCGCUGGCAGUGGUCCUGCCUUGGCGGCGUACGUCCUAAUCGCUCUGUCAGAAGCCGGCGUUCGAAACGACUAUCCCGACCACAUCCGUCAGACAGAGGAGUACCUUCUGCGCGAGCUUAGAACCACCGGAGAUCCCUAUGUCACGGCGUUGAUCACAUAUACACUGCAUAUAUCAAAUAAUUCCAAUAAAGAUCAGGCAUAUUCACGCCUCAAGGCGUUGAGGACUACCGAUGAUCAGCACAUAUACUGGAAAGAUCCAGCUGUCACACACAAUAUCACCGAUUACGAGCUACAUCAGACAGACUUGUUCUUUAAGCGCCACUUCAAGGAUAUCGAAAUGACAGCGUAUGCUUUGCUAACACUCAUUAAUCGGGGCGAUAACAGUCAGGCAAUCCCUGUUAUGCAAUGGUUGAUUAGUCAACAAAAUAGCAACGGAGGCUUUACCUCGACACAGGAUACCGUUAUCGCAAUUGAGGCUCUGUCGCAAAUUGCAGCCACUGUCGCGUCUUCGACGAUCUCAAUCGAUGCCACAAUCAAAUUUGGUGAAAUCGGUGGCUCGCGUACACUUCGAAUCGAAUCGCGAAAUGCGCUCAUCCUGCAGAAGCUUGAAUUGCCACCAGAACUCAAAUGGGUUGAGAUUGAGGCGACAGGUUUCGGUACGGCGAUUGUCCAGGUAUCGUGGCAAUUUAACCUAAUGGUGUCUUCGGAAGAGCCGGCAUUCUAUCUCAACCCGCUUUUAGACAAGACCUCAACAGAAAACUAUAUGCAGCUCUCUGUGUGCACACACUAUCGAGGUGAGGGGAACUCGAGUAACAUGGCCGUCAUGGAGGUUGGCCUACCAUCAGGUUACGUAUUCGACUAUGAUACGCUAAGCUCGAUUCACCGUACGAACGAUGUACGUCGCGUCGAAUCGUAUGAUGGGGACACGAACGUUGUAAUUUACUUUGAUCGAGUCACGAAAAGGGAGCUCUGCGUUACAGUGCCAGCUCAUCGAGAGUUCUCAGUGGCACACCAGCGACCUGCGCCCGUCAAGAUUUAUGACUAUUAUGACCUUGCGAAAUCGUCGAGAAUAUUCUAUAAUCCAAAGAAAGCUCGGAUCUGCGACAUUUGUGUCGAGGAUGAAUGCGCCGAGUCCUGCAACGACGUGGACAAUCAACUUGAACGUGAGAUCACGGAUGGAAGAAUAAGUGACCCAGAUUCUGCGCUACACGGCGCGAAAUCAUCGGCCUUGGCCAUCGCUUUUUUUACUUGCAUAGCUUUACUUCGGAACAACUUCAGCAAGUUCAUAUAGGAUGAACAGAUCAGUAUGCUGCAUAGAAGCGACACAGCUACGAACUUGGCGACAAUGAUUAGGGAAUGAGAAAACCCUAAAAAUUGUCUACUUUCAAUAAUUAGAUCUUGAUACAGACAGUAACAAAAAACUGGCGGACUUAAAAAAAUGAAUUUCAAUGACAAAAAAUUGUAGCUUACAUACCAUAUGUGUCUGAAGCUGAAGUACGACACGUUUGAGCGAUAUCAUGAAACAUGUCGUGUAGAUAAAAGGAUGGUUGAACAAAAAUAACAAAUACUAGAUAGUAGGAAAUGGAUAUGUAAACUCCAGAAUACAUUGGGUGUAAAUUUUAAAUCGUGGCAUUUUAAUUUGUGAUCCUGGUAUCUUGUAAAUUUUUUAAUUUCUCUCCCUUCACGCGUAUGAAGAUCGUGAUUGACAAGUAUAAACGUAGUGUAGGAAAAUCGUGACUGACAAAUAAAAACAUCGUGACUUAUCAAAAAAAACCAACAUCAAAGAAAUAAAGCCGACAACGAUUCCUAAGGCCAGUAAUUAAAGAACAAGACCAGUGAAUUUUAACAGAAACACACAGCGACAAUUAAGAGGUAAAUAUAUUAACAGAAGUUGCCAAACGUUGAGUAUCAACAAACCUGCAUAUGAGGAAAUUUUUAAACGGCCAAUGAAACAAUAAACAGGCCACUUUCUAAAAGGCCAAUGAAACAAUAAACAGGCCACUUUCUAAAAGGCC